AUGACGCGAUUCCUCUCAACUUCAACUACAUACGCACGAAAUGAUCAUCGUCCGCCUGGCCCGUUGGACACUGUGCGAAGACAAAUGCGUGAGGGGACUGCGAGGCCAUCAUUUGCGAGGUUCAUUUUAGAACACCAGAAACAGUACCAGCUCGAAGACAAGCAACUGGGAUACAUUGCGGGAGGAAUGUGGAGACCUGUCACUCUUGGAGGCUUUGCGCAUCGUGCAACUAAGGACAUAAUUUGGAAUAACUACCUCAUUCCUGCAGGUGCGACUGUUAUUGGCAACCAUUGGGCUAUCGCAAAUGAUCCCAAGGUCUUCCCAGAACCACACAAGUUUAAUCCUCAUUCAAGGCGCCCAACCUACAAUUGGAUCCAAGGUUGGCGAGUGCGCAAGUACCUACGCCUUCUCGACGCUGCACUUCAGGUAUCCGAGUUAUAG